UGGACGAGUUCUGUGCCGCCUUUCACCUGGUGGUGGCCAGGAAGAAUGGCUAUGACCUCCCCGAGAAGCUGCCCGAGAGCCUGAUGCCAAAGCUGAUUGACCUGGAUGACUCAGCAGAGGUCCCAGAGACGGCUGCUGAUGUGGGAUACUCGGACUCUCCGGUGGAGGUCCCCCCCAACAAGUCUCCCUCCAUGCCCUCACUCAACCAGGCCUGGCCAGAGAUGAACCAGAGCAAUGAGCAGUGGGAGACGUUUAGCGAGCGCUCCUCCAGCUCACAAACUCUGACCCAAUUUGACUCUAACAUUGCACCAGCUGACCCUGACACAGCCAUCGUUCACCCGGUUCCCAUCCGGAUGACGCCCAGUAAGAUCCACAUGCAGGAGAUGGAGCUGAAGAGAACUGGCAGUGAUAACAAUCACCCGACAAGUCCUCUGCUCACCAAACCUCCAGAACUGUCAGAAGAAACCAAUCUACCUGCCUCCAUGAAGUUUGUAGCCGCCAACACUGUAGGUGAUGGGUACAGCAGUUCAGACUCCUUCACGUCAGACCAGGAGCCAAUCACAAGACAAAGGUCUCAGUCGGGUACGUCUCCAGAGGCUCUGAAGGUGGUAGCCCCUCCUCCCCCUCCACCUCGGCCUCACCCCUCCCACUCUCGCUCCUCGUCUCUGGACAUGAAUCGCACCUUCGCCGCCGCGUCGGCCACGGGCCAGCAGCAACCCUCUACGAUAGCUUACCCGCCUGCUGUGCCUCCUCGACCGCUGCCUACACAGUCAUCAUUACCACAUACUGGGCAUCGUGUGGAGGCAGAGGCUGUACCAGGAGGUGGCGCAGGGCUCACCACCACCUCGCCCCAGCAGAUGCCUCAACAGCCCAAUUUCGCAGACUUCAGUCAGUUCCAGGCCUUCGCUGCCUCCGAGCAGCCUUCCAGCCUGCCGGAGGUCGACAAACACAGCGAGGCCGGACAGGUGGAAAAGGCUCCAGAGGGAGCUGGUCCUUUAAGAACAGUGAAGAGUGACGGUCAAGCAGAUGAGAGAACUUCAGCUACUGUCAACUCUACCAAAGGGUCAUCCGGUCCCCUAGCUCCGCCUCCCAAACCCGUGCGUCGGAGGUUGAAAUCCGAAGACGAGCUAAGACCAGAGGACGAGCAGCCCGGUCCGCAGAAAUCGAACGUCAUAGCCGCUGUGCUCUCCACUCAGCCCUCCAUCCCCAGGUCAGUAGGAAAAGACAAAAAAUCCAUUCAAGCUUCAAUCAGAAGAAACAAGGAGACGAACACAGUUCUGGCGCGACUCAACAGUGAACUGCAGCAACAGUUGAAGGACCUGCUCGAGGAGAGGAUAUCUCUGGAAGUGCAGCUCGAGCAGCUCAGACCUUUCUCUCAUCUUUAGAAGAAAACCUGUGGUUCAUCUGAAGCAAAGCUGUGGACCUCGGUGUGAAUCCCUCCCUCCCUCCCUCCUUCCAUCAUCCCGGCUUUCCCCUGAGGCUCCGACCUGCCGCAGGGUCCUCCGUUAAAACUCUCUCACUCAUCAAUCAUCAACCCGAAGGACCGGAGAGCACAGUCUUAACAGGGCGGGACGAGGCGACAGGGAGCGCACAGGGGUUUUUACAAACUGGCACUUUUCAAUCUUCUCUGAAGAGAGGCGAAGGUGAGGACGGCGGUGAACCGAGAAACGGUUUCGGAGAAGCGGACGAGACGCUGCGAAUGCUGGCGUCUAAUUACUUAACUCUCUGAAUGACUGAAGAAGAAAGGCGGAGUGAGCGUGUGUGUGUGUGUGUGCCGCGUGUCCGUGCGACUGUUUGUGUUUUUGUGUUCCUGUUUAGUGACUUGAGGCUAGCAUCAGUAUGUGCGUUCUCUGUUGAGGUUCAGCCACGCCGUAUUAACUACCUGGCAUAUUUAAAGAAAAGACCCGAGAUGAUUAUCAAUCUUAAGUAAAAAUAGUACAUUUUGCAGAGUUUGCAAGUGUUGAACAAAUUCUUUCAUUGUCGUCUUUUGCUUGUUGGCUCAAGUUUUUAUUCCGGUUGCCACGAAUGAGGACGUUAAACUACCGGGGAAAAACAGGACCUCAGCUCCAAAUAUCAUCAAAGAUAGUUUGUUCCGGGGCGACAGCAGCCUUUGUCGCUGGCGCUCCGAAUAUUUCAAAAAAGGAAUAAUUAAACAUAGAUCUCAGAAACAUCCAACAGGAAGCUUCCUCUGCCAGUAAACAUGAGAAACUGGAGUUUGGUGUAGUUGGAUUCCACCAUAAAACAUACUACGCUACCUCUGGACACGACUGUGUGUGUGUGUGUGUGUGUGUGUUUUUGAUUUGCAUUUAAUGGCUAAAUCAUGGUGAAGGCUUGUUUGACUCAUCCUGUGACAUGAAUUCAGCCCUCACCCCUCCUCUUACUGCCCUCCGACAUCUGUGUGUGUGUGUUCGGUGACGAUCUGAGAUAACGAACGAAUGCUUCGUCUGUUGUUUCCUCCACGUUACAGUGUUUUGGGUUCGAUGUGACUGAAUGAUUUAACUUUAAUGCCAAAUGACUGAACUAUCACUGCUCUCUACUUCUACUCGGACUGUUUAAAAAAAAAAAAAAAAUAGAUAUUAAAAAGAACCGCAGCUUUCUCUCCCUUCCUUUUCCGUAACGUAGCCGUGGCUCAACAUUUCAAACGCUUCAGACCUCGUCUUCUCGAUUCCCGAGGUUGUCUCCGGUCUUUUAAGAACAGACGUUCACAUGAAGGGUUUGAAGACUUUUCUCUUUUCCAGCUGCUCCACUGCAGGAGGCGGCGUUUAUGAAGAAUCGUGUUGCUGAUGGAGAAGAAGUUUUUCCUGUGAUUGUUUUAUUUUAUUUUCCUCGGCAGACACGUGUGCACAGAUCCAAACAAGUGGUGCAGAUAGAGCUGUUUUCCAACCGGGCGGUCGGCACUAUGCAAGAACGGGCGAUUCAUCUCCACAGACCAACUCUACUUAGCUGUUUGACUAUGAUAGUAGCAACUGUGUGAACAGUACACUGAUUUUUUUGUAUCAUAGAUCUUCCAGAAACAACAUCUACUGUAUGUUUCAUUUUGCCUUUUCUUUUUUUUUGACGAGCAGUCCACUUCCCACUCCUGCUCCCAGCUCCAGAGAGAAAUGAACUCCAGAUCAGUGUUUUAUUAUCGGGGGCGAUUUUCACCUGAAAGCUGCAAAGUGAAGCUCAACAGACGGAGACCAGUCGACAGAACGGGACACCUGAACGACCUGACAGCACUUUGAACCUAACUCCCCUUACUUCUGUUGUUCUUUUAUUUUGUUACGUCCCUCCUCUUUCUUUCUUUUAACCUGCAUGUUGUCGUUUCUUUUUUUGUUUUUCACGUGUAUUUAAAAAAAAAAAGAUGCUUUAAGAUGAGAAAAAAAACUGAACCACUCGAGUUUUAUUUCUUCACUACAACCUGGAAAUUGUAAGGUUUUUUUUGUGCCAGUAUCCUGAAUUAUCCCGUCUUGUGUGGUUAAUCUUUUUUCUUUUCUUUUUUUUAAUGAUUAUUAUUAUAAAUGUUUCGUCCCUGGAGCUUUAUGUGUGUUGGUGAAGAAUCUGUCUUCUUCUAAGGCCUUACUCCCCCUCGACUGGCGUUCAGGUUUCCACGGCGGCUGACUGAACUCCCUCUUCCUUGUCGUAUCAAGGCUCGCCUUCUUUUUUCUGCUGUUGAGGACGAUGAUGUACUUGGUGUGUGUGUGUGUGUGUGUGUGUGUGUGUGUGUGUGUGUGUGUUAUAUUUUUUUCCAGGCCUGGAACUAAUACCAUUUAAAACCCUGUUAAACACCUUCAUGUGGGAUCGAUUUAUGUUUGCAAGCACAACAGCUCCCUCCUCAUCCCUUGAACCCAAAAGGCAAUCCAGGCAGGCAGGAGCAAUCGAUAAAAGUCUUUGGUGGGAUUUUGAAUGCUAUUUGCUCCCAGAUCUGUGUUGUAUAUUGUAUAUGAUACACACUUUUUUGGACUCAUGUAAAUUUGCAUUAAUUGCUGACUAACAGCGAAAGAAUAUUCUAUUUAAUUCCUUCUCUCUUGGCUGUGGGAUCCUAGAUGUUUAACUGCAUGGAUGUACUGUAUCUCUGCAGAGUCAACUAGCAGCUGUGUGAUUUUUACACAAAAAUAAAAACGGCACAAUAUUUUAAACUCUGCCCCCUGCACAGA